GAGUUAAAACUUGUGAAACUUUAUAAGCAAAUCAAUGUUUAUUUCCAUUCCAAAUGAAAAUCAUUUGAAUGAUUCUAUAAGUGACUUUUAAAGAUAUAUUUAAUACCACGACUGGAACGUAGGUUUCAUUUUUUGUUUCAAAUCAUCCACUAUAGUCAGUGAUGCGCUUGACAUUCACAGAUGCCAUGUCAUAAUGUGACAUUUUUUUUAAAUAUAAUUAAACUUAAGUAAACAGUACAAUGUACAAAUGUAAAAUAAAGAUUAGGUUCCAGCGGUCAAAAUGAACUUAUGAUAACGUAUAUAUUUCAUCAUCAAUCAUUAUUUUUUAAUAUAAUUAUACUAUUAAACAAUACAAUGUACAAAUGUAAAGUAAAGAUUAUGUUCAAGGGGUCAAAAUGAACGCCAGAUAACGUACAUAUUUCAUCAUCAUUCAUUUUGCACGUAAUUUAUUCUUAGAUGAACUUUGAUUUAGCAUGUACACUGAGAAACUGAAAUCAAGAUACUUGUUUUGUUUUCCAACGUGUCUAACUGUUUUAGUUACUUGAAUUAAAUCGUGUAACAACACAAAUUUGAGAAAUUUCACUGACUGUCAGGCCAGGCCCUCAGUGAGGUGAUAGGCAUGGGGCAUUGUGCCUUGGGCCAGUUAUAUAAUAGGGGCCGGCGCCUCCCCAUUUGGACACAUCAAAAUUGCAAAAUUGAAGUUUGUAGAAAAAGUAAUGAAUGAUUCGUGUAUUAUUUGUACCUUUUCUUACGUUGUCUCAUCAUGCAGAAGAUAUUCAUCAAUUGUUAAAUUUUUAGAAAUUCUCGUAACAUCUUCAAACGGAAUCACGCUUUAAGUGUUGUCAAUAUGAGCAGGCAUGUGGCUAGGAUGUAAAAUUUGUGGGCGCAACAGCAUUUUUUUGGGGGGAACAGUUGAAGACGUCAAGUUAUACUGUAUUAUAACAAUAAUAUAAUGCAUCACUAGUUAAAUUUGUGGGUAGCCGCUGUGCAUGCGUGGCUAACCACUAUGCCAUACUGUAAAAGUGUCUGAGUGAGGCAAUGAGGCAGGCAGUGUUUGUUCGUCGUGAUAUCCUCUGCUGUGUCAUCGGUGAUAGUCGCAUAUGUGAACAAUCACGAAUAGAAUUGUCUUAAGUAAAGUAAAUACUUAUGUUGUUCUUUAAUUACCUAUGCUUUAGAGCGUAUAAUCUGCACUUUGUUUUAGUGACUAUAGUCAAAACCUUGCAGCUGAAAAUAUCAUUCAUUUAUACGCUUUACUGGUGAUUACAGACGUCAAAUAUAUCUCAUAUGGGCAAAAAAUACAAGGAACUUGAUACUCUGUGCAGUCCGUAAUUGUAUUUUGUUCUGUAUUUUAUUCAUAUGUCGCGUUGUUUAUCUCUCACCCUGUGUUCUGUGUUUUGGUGAGGAAAAUGUAAAGCAGAUAGGAGAUAGUUUUCUUUAUUUUGAUUUGAAUUAGUAAUGAUGACGAUUUGGAUUUAACAGAUUGCUAAAAAUGACGAUAAAUUUAAAUAUAUGAUGUGAAGCUGUGGUCCUAUGGGGGACUACUGCAGUUUAGUGGACAUCUUGGCCGCUGACCCAAACCCUACCCUAUAAUCACAAGCAAAAACGAGCCCGCGGUCACAAGCGCUUCGGAAUAAAAAAUGGCUUCGCCACCUAACAAAUUAAAGAUUGAAGAAAAUGGAUCUAGUUUAAGUAAACUUUUAAUCAAUAAAGGAACCCAAGCCUUAAAAACAACAUUGCAAUCUUUAUUAAAGCCAUCAAGUUUAGCUGGUAAACUUAAAGAUCCCUCUGCAAAGAAGACACUAACAUCUUUGAAAUUUAAAGUCAUAAAGAAUGAGCAAUGGGAUCUUCUUUACCUGUCAAUUGGUGACCCUGAUAUUGAAAACUUUGACAUCACAUUAUUAACUGUCUUAUUGCGAAAUAUAUGUGGUCUAAAAGCGCCAUUUAGAAGAUGGGAUAGUCUUCCUUCCUCUUCAGAUUCUUCAGACUCAGCAAAUAUUGCAAGAAUAAAGUUUUAUCGAAACGAAGUGUACGGUCACAUAACUACAACUAGUGUAGAUGAUAGUGAAUUUGAGAACUUGUGGCAGGAAAUUUCAAAAGCAUUGGUUGGUUUGGGUAUUCAACAAAUUGAAAUAAAUGAAUUAAAGAAAGCUCCCCUCACUCUCGAUGAGGCAACUUAUAUUGAAAUGUUAAAAGAAUGGUAUAAAACAGAAGAGCUGUUAAUCGAUGUCACUGAAAAAAUCAAAGAAAAUGUAAAUGUAAUAGAAAGAAAUGUUGUAGAGAUGAAACAAGAGAUGGCAACAAAAGUUAGAAACUUAAAUGAGGAUGUAAAGAAAACAAAAGCUGAUGUAGCAGGAGUAAAAAAAUGUUACAGGAGAAAAUUAUUACGUCUUAUUGCGUAACAUAUGUGGUCUAACAGCGCCACAUGGUGGAUGGGAUAGUCUUCCUUCCUCUUCAGAUACUUCAAUCUCAGCAAAUAUUGCAAGAAUAAAGUUUUAUCGAAACAAAGUGUAUGGCCACAUAAACACAACUAGUGUAGAUGA